AUGCCCUGCACUUACAGAUAUUCCCAGUAUCACAUAGUGAAAGAAACAUUAUGGCAUAAUAAACAAGAGAAGGGUAGAGAGCCUCUUGCCCUAACCCUGCACCCAAAGUAUAGUCAACAUGUGAAGUACCUGGGAGAUACACAACAUAACUGUACUUUUUCAAUAAGAAAUGUCACAAAGGAAGAUUCAGCAACAUACUGGUUCAGGUUUAUAACAAACCAAGCUCAUGGAAGAUACACUGGAGAGCCUGGAGUUAAACUCACAGCUAAGUCAGUCAGUCUAAAGGUGAAAGUGAACAGAAAAGUGACAGAGGGACAGAAUGUGACACUGACCUGUAGAACCAACUGCUCUCUGAGUGACCAUCCCACCUUCAUCUGGUACAAGGAUGGAAAUCCAACACUGAACACAAACCCCAUCAGCAGUGUCCUGUACCUACAGUCAAUCAGCAAUGCACCCAAGAAUAUUUCAGUGUCAGUCAGUCCCUCUGGCGAAAUUGUAACAGGCAGCUCAGUGACUCUGACCUGCACUUGCAAAUCCAACCUACCAGUGAAGAAUUUCACCUGGUUUCAGAAGAAUGAAACUAAUAUUUCAGAGAGAGAACAGAAUUACACCAUCUAA